CGACGCCUCUGCCUCUCUGCUGGGUUGCUGGGGGUUGGCUUCGCUCGCUCAAUAAAACCGAGCGAGUCUGUCCACCUCUUUGAACUCGCUGGUGAUCUUGGUGGCCUCCCACGCAGUCGCAAGCUCUUUGUAUUCUUCCUCGAGCCUCUUAGCCUUGACCUUCUUGAUGUACUCGUACUCUGCAGGGACAGUCGCACACAACACAGCCAGACCACAGACAGCUGCAGCGCGUCUUUGGGUGGUGUGUCGGUGGCGCGCCGUUCUCACGGUCAAUGACGCGGUCCACUUGGUUGUCCUUAUUCCAGAAGACCUGACACACACACACUCACACGCGCCGAUGGACAUAAGUGAUUUGGCCACGCCCUCCCUCCCUCCCUCCCUCCCUCCCCCUCUCCCUGCCCUCACCGUCUUGAGGAAGUAGCCCCAAAGCAGGCAAUAGCCGACGAUCACCGCUGUGUAUGUGUUGCCGAGUGUGUUCUUGAAGUCCAUACGCGACCACGAGUACUCAUUCUUGCCGCGGAAGCGAAGACCAGGGCGCUGCUUGGGAGCCCAGAAGUUGCCCUGGCUGAUCUUCCCAAAACUCUGCUUCCGGCCGUUCUGCCACAUCACCGUCACACCAUGCCGCAAUAUCGCCGCU